AUGCAAAUCACCAAGUUCUGGGUGGAUAAUCUCAAGGACCGAAACCACGAGCAGCACAAACUGGCACCUAUCCGAGACCUGCAGGUUACGCUCAAACAGUGUAUCAUCCAGACAUUCGGUGCGCCUCUUACCGGGCGCUUUUCGGCUAUCGUACCCUGUUUACCUUUUUACCCUUCUACGAAGGAGAACGCGCUAUUACUGCCUACAAAUGUAUGCGCGAGCUGUGGCAUGGUGUCCGUAAACCCAAACGAUACCGACGGCAAACGGUUUGCAGGGACCAUGUUUGUGAACUUUGUCAAUGAUGGAGAGAUCGCUAAGCACAUCGCUCAACGGUACCGCGAGGAAACGGGUGCAAGAUCUCUUGCCGACGCGGUGGAGGAAGAGAUAAGCGACAACAUGGCCGCCGCAUUUUUCGAGCAGGAAGGAGAGAUCAAGGAUGAGAGCACUGCCGCUGCCGAACUAUGA